CCACGGAGCAUGUGGUUGUCACGUGCCCCGUCACCGCCCAAGCUCCCCAUCCCGACAGCUCAACCUCCGCCAUCCCACCCCCCUCCAUUUAUCUCUUUAAAAGGUUCUGUGCUGCACCCGUGGAGGAUACGAUUCGCCAUGGCCGACUUCGUCGACCCCCGGAUGACCUCCAUCAAGCCUCGCAUCCGCUAUAACACCAUCGGAGGUAUCAACGGACCGCUGGUCGUUCUCGAUAAUGUCAAAUUUCCUCGUUACAACGAAAUCGUCUCCUUGACGCUGCCCGAUGGCUCGGAGCGCUCCGGCCAGGUGCUGGAGGCUAGAGGAAGUAGAGCAGUUGUGCAGGUGUUCGAAGGUACUCCGGGUAUCGAUGUGAAGAAGACCAAAGUCGAGUUUACCGGUCACAGCUUGAAGCUGGGUGUGUCCGAAGACAUGCUGGGUCGAGUCUUCGAUGGUUCCGGCCGAGCGAUCGACAAGGGACCCAAGGUGUUGGCGGAGGACUAUCUGGACAUCAACGGCCAGCCCAUCAAUCCCUACUCACGAGUCUACCCCGAGGAAAUGAUCUCCACCGGUAUCUCUGCCAUCGACACUAUGAACUCGAUUGCCCGAGGACAGAAGAUCCCCAUCUUCUCGGCUGCCGGUCUCCAGCACAACGAAAUCGCUGCUCAGAUCUGUCGCCAAGCCGGCUUGGUCAAGCGGCCCACCAAGGAUGUCCACGAUGGACACGAGGACAACUUCUCGAUUGUCUUCGCGGCUAUGGGUGUUAACAUGGAGACUAGUCGGUUCUUCACGCGCGACUUCGAGGAGAACGGCAGUAUGGAGCGUGUUACUCUGUUCCUGAACUUGGCCAACGACCCGACAAUUGAGCGGAUUAUCACACCCCGUCUGGCGCUGACGACUGCCGAAUACUAUGCCUACCAGCUGGAGAAACACGUGUUGGUUAUCAUGACUGACCUCUCGGCGUACUGUGAUGCUCUGCGUGAAGUUUCCGCCGCCCGAGAAGAAGUCCCCGGUCGUCGUGGAUACCCAGGUUACAUGUACACGGAUUUGUCGACCAUCUACGAGCGUGCCGGUCGAGUCGAGGGCCGUAACGGAUCAAUCACUCAGAUUCCCAUCUUGACCAUGCCUAAUGACGAUAUUACUCACCCCAUUCCUGAUCUUACGGGCUACAUUACCGAGGGCCAGAUUUUCAUUGACCGACAGCUGGCCAACAAGGGUAUCUACCCUCCGAUCAACGUGCUGCCCUCGCUAUCACGACUGAUGAAGUCGGCCAUUGGCGAGGGACGCACACGCAAGGACCACUCGGAUGUAUCGAACCAGCUGUACGCCAAGUACGCCAUUGGUCGCGAUGCUGCCGCCAUGAAAGCCGUCGUCGGCGAGGAAGCCCUCUCCUCCGAAGACAAACUGUCGCUCGAAUUCCUCGACAAGUUCGAGCGCACCUUCAUCUCCCAGUCUCCCUAUGAGUCGCGCACCAUCCAGGAGUCGCUCGACAUCGCCUGGAACCUGCUCCGCAUCUACCCCAAGGAGCUGCUCAACCGGAUCCCCAAGCGCGUCCUGGACGAGUUCUAUGCUCGCUCUGCUCGCAAGAUCCCUCAUAAGGAUACGCGUGACCACUCUGGCGAGCAGAACUCGAAUCUGAUUGAUGCGUGA